AUGGAUUUUGUUGAGAUAUCAGAAAAUGUUAUCCAUGUAGAACGACUCACAGCUAGAGUGACCUCCCCUACCUCAGGUGCUAUAUCUGUAUUUCUAGAGAUAAUACAGUGUAUGAAGUUUCUAUUUUUCAGUGAAGUGCCAGUAUGUGAGACAAGUGUUGCUGUUGUUAUAUCCUCACCACACAGAAAGGAAUCACUAGAGGCAGUUCAGUAUGGUAUUGACACAUUGAAAGCUACUGUACCUAUUUGGAAAAAGGAAAUUUAUGAAGACGACAGUUAUUCCUGGAAAGAGAACAGUGAAUGUUGUGGUCAUAAAUAGAAUGUGUUACUUGGCAACAAAAUCAAUAUAUACAAACUGAGAUUUUAAAACAAUUUACAUAGAUGGCUUAAUUCAUGUAUUUUAUGAUUGUUUAAAUUCUUAUAUAGUGUGUGCAUUCAAAGUGAUAUAAAUUUUGAAUUUCUUCAUUAACCUAGAUUUUGAUAUUUCUUCAUUAACCUAGAUUUUGAUAUAAAAUUUACAUGUGACUUUAGCUACAUCAGUUCAGUUUCACAGAUGUUUAUAGACUGUUUUGGGUCUCUGAGCUGAAACAUUGCCCAUAUUGAAACCUAACAAUGAAUUGUGCAAGAAAUCUGCCACACUGUAAUUCCAUCAAACUUACCUUUGAAUUUAUCUAACAUAAGAUAAACUGUGCAACACAUUGUGAAGGAAGUUCUGCAUUGAAAUUUUAAAUGGGUAUUACUUUCUGUAAUAUUUUGCCACCAUUACUAUUGUCACAUGAUCGAUAUACUCUUCAGCCGGGAAACAAACAUGAUGCCAUAGGGUAACUGUUUUUAAGUUCUCCUGAACUUUGUUCAGGUUGAGCUAUUAGUAUAGAUGGAUGGUCCGUUGACCAAUCUCCUGUGUCCACAUUAUCACUUAAACAUCUUCUCCUCUGGAACUUCAAAUCAGAAUUACACCAAACUUAGUCAGUUGCGUCCUAACAUGGACCUUUAUCAAGUUUGUUCAAAUGGUUCAUCUUGGCCCCUUUUUGGCCAGAGCUAAAAAUAGAAAACCUUUAAAGAACUUCUUCUCAUGAACCGCUUAAUUGAUCUUCAUCAAACUUGGUCUGUAGCAUCAUUAUAAGGUUGUUCAAAUGGGGUCACUUUGCCCCUUUCAGGGGUUGCUAGAGCCAAAAUUAGAAAUACCUUUAAACGACUUCUUCUCAUGAACCGCAUGAAGGAUCUUCAUCAAACUUGGUCUGUAGCAUCGCUAUAAGGUCCUCUCCCAAUUUUGUUCUAAUGGGGGCACUUUGCCUCUUUUAGGGGCCCCUAGAGCAAAAAAUGGAAAUAACCUUUAAAUGACUCGUGUCAUGAACUGCUUAAAGGGACUUCAUGAAACUUGGUCUGUAGCAUCAUUAUAAGAUCUUCUCGUAAUUUUGUUCUAAUGGGGGCACUUGGACCCCUUUUAGGGGUCGCUAGAGCCAAAAUUAGAAAUACCUUUGAAUGACUUCUUCUCAUGAACUGUUUGAAGGAUCUUCAUCAAACUUGAUUUGUAGCCUUAUUAUUUAUAAGUCCUUCACCAAACUUUUUCAGUUGGGGACACUUGGCUGCUAGAGCUAAAAUGAGAAAUACCCGUUUAAACGACUUCUUCUAAUGAACGGCUUGAUGGAUUUUCAUCAGACUUGGUAUAUAGGAUCAUUAUUAUAGACCUAUCUCAAAUUUGUUCACAUGAGGGCAGUUGGUCCCUUUUAGGGGUUGCUAGGGCUAAAAGGAAAAAUAAAAUUUUAAUGACUACUUCUCAUGAACCAGUCAUUGGAUCUUUAUCAAACCUGGUCUGUAGCAUCAAUAUAAGGUCCUCUAAUAAAUUUGUUCAGUUUGGGGUACUUGGCCCCUUUUAGGAUCAGAUGGUUAACGUCCUUUUCAGGUAAGCGACUUAGGCCCAUUUGGGCCUCUUGUAGGUUUUGUUUUUGUAAUUUAAACUUUGUUUUUAUGAAUUUUGUUGAAAAAAUGAUAUUUAAAAUGAAAUUAAAUUCAUAAAUAAAAAAAAAUUAACGAUGUGUUAGGAACUUCAAAUUACACCUGUUUGUCAUGAGUGUUAGCUGAUCCAGUGGGGCCAGCACCUAAAAUAAAGCUGGUACUUAUUUUCACAUAGUAUAGAGUGAGUUUGUUUUGACAAUUUGGGCUCUAGGACAAAAAAUAAGUCCUUAAACUCAAUCCACCCACAUUUGAACACAGUCCACUCAUGUGCUAGAUCACAUUGGUGCUGAUGUUUCAGUUUGAUGUUAGGUCAGUGAACAAAUAGCAUUCAACCAUAACCUAAAGGAUGUAACUAUCAGAAAAUGAAAAUAGCUACCGUAAAGUUAUGGUAGCUGAAACUAGAAAAACCGGAUUGGUACAUACGAUUUUUAAUAUUUAAAAAGUUAAACCAAUGACUAUUUUGUUUAUAGUUUCAAAAGUAUUUACACUGCUUUUGCUUUUGAAAAAAAUGUUUUUGUAUCUAUACUGUGCCAUGAAGUUUAUACCAGACUGCAUAUUCAUUACCUACACUAUCUUUUAUUUAAAAAAAAUGCACAGAUUGCUUUAAAUGAUUGAGUGUCAAUUAUGUUAUUCAUGUAUUAUUAUGGUUGUUAAAUAAUAUAUACCAGAAUUUAUUAUUAAAAAAGAAAUUUAGUAAAUAAUAUUUUAUUUUGUCCUUCUGUUAGACCAGUACUGUCUCACAGUUAUCAAUCUAUCUGCUUAUAUCGUUCCAGCUAUCUGUCCAUUUGUCAGUUCAACUGUGACUUUUACACUUUGUCAUUUCUUGAUGUCAUUUACCUUAUUAAUUUCAAACACAAUUUUGUCUUCCGUAAUUUUGUUUUAGGGUUUCAGUUCACCUAAACAACACGUUCGUGUUAAGCACUCACAAACACACAAAAAACAAGGUCGCACUUGUGAUACACUUCAUAGCUCUUUCUUAAUACUGGUACUCAAGUUACAAAGUUUAGAUAUGAUAAUAGGUGACGAUAUAUCUAAUGUUGGUUGUUUAUGACCAGUGUUAAUUCAAUGCUUAAAGUAUAUUAGCAUAAAACUGCUUUAAAGGCGUACGCUAGAAUUCCCUGUAUAUGAGAUGGGCGAAAAUUUUCCCAAUAACAGAAUUUCUUUAAACUUUGGAUAUUGAAGGACAAUCAUCUAAGAAACAAAAAUAUGCAAUAAAAAUCAUAGGUCACCGGUAUCGAAAAAGAGUUAUCUGCCCCUGAAAACGUCAUUUUUGGGGGAAAUGCCGUUUUCAAGGGCAGAUAAAUCUUUUUUUUGAUACCGGUGACCUAUGAAUUUUAUUGCAUUUUUUUGUUUCUUAGAUGAUUGUCCUUCAAUAUCCAAAGUUUGAAGAAUUUCUGUUAUUGGGAAAAUUUUCGCACCAAAUUCUAGCAUACGUCCUUAAACAGAUUGUGUCGUUUUCAGGAGUUGUGUUAAAACGUAUUUAAAAAGUUUAUAUAUGCGCUAGUUGCAAAUCGUAUACAUAUCUAACGGCCUCAAAACGAGAUGGAGUUGCAUUUUUGUGAAUAAUAAACCUGUAACUCUG